AUGUAAAAUUAAUAGUAUAGCUAGUAAGGAAGGUACGACCUAGGAAAAACAAAAAAUAAUAUGUAAACAGCUUUAUCUAUCAAUAACAGAUAUUAGGAUAUUGAUGAUAGUAUUUUUAUUGACCCUCAACUUAAUGAUUUACGCACAAAUUUAAUUGCUCAAAGAGAAUAUAAUUAAACAUUAAACAUUCUGAAUCAAAAUUAAAAUUUGCCUUUAUAAAAUGUUUCACAAACCUCAAAUUUAUAGAAAAACUAAACCUUUCAAAGAAAUUAUAUCAUUUAUUAGCCAUAAACAGCUUUCCUCUCGGAUGAUGCUCCUUCAGAUUGGGGAAACGGUUCGAAUACUUUUCCAGAAAAAGAAGAUAAUUUCUAAUAAAUAUCCUAAAGAUUUUAAGAUAAAUCUUUUAUAAAUGAUACUGAGUGCAAGGAUUUGAAGAAAUCAAAACUUUAACACUUUGUAAAAUCUUCUGACAUAUGGAGAGAAGAUAGCUCAGCAUUAUUGAAUAUUUUAAAUGAAAAGAGAGAAGAACUUAGAGUAUUUUAUAUAAAGUAAGAAGAGAAAGUUUAACAUUUUUUCUUUACUCUUGAGAAAGUACUAAGCUAAGAAAAAAGUAAUAUGAUAUAUUCUAUUUAAGAAAGCUUAAAAAUGAAUAUAAAUUAAGUCGAUGCUAUGGUAAAGCAACUUUAAACAUAUUAAGAGGAGUGCGACAAAUUAAAAGAAGAUAUAGCCUUAAAUUUCACAGAUAUCAUUGAAGAAAUGAGGAAUGAACCUUUUAAUGAGAUCUUAAAAAUGUAUACUUAAAAGCUGAAUGAAUUCGAAUUAUAUACAAAAAAAUCAUGCUAAUCUGUUCACAUGGAAAUAUUGACUCUUGAUUUUGUUGGGGCCUCUAUGACCACCAAUCUACCUAAUAAAUGGGAAACAUCUUUUAAAAAUAAUUACAUCAAUAAGACUAUUUAAUUUAACACUUAAUACGCAAACUUAAUGAAAGAUAACUUACUAAAGCCAUUAGCAAAAAACUCGUCAAGAGACAAGUAGUGCUUUUAAUAAACAUUACCUCAUUAAAUGAGCUAGUGCCAAAUUAACUAAACUAAUAAAAUAUAAAGCCAAUUUAACUUAAGUAGUGGAUUCUAAUAAUCAAAUUCAAGUCUAAGUAUUAAUUCCAAAAGAUCAAAUAGGUCAGCAAGCUUAAUUUAAGGUGGCAAUUAAUAUUUUAGUAAUAAUUCAAAUACAAGCUAGGUCCCUAAAUCCUCUCUAUAAAAUAUAUAAAAUUUAAUUUAAAAUAAUUUGAUUGAUAUAAUAAACCCCAGUGCAAACAUCAACGUCUCUAAUAGAAGUAAUGAUAAUGGUUGCAGAAAUGUCUCUUAAUAAAAUAGAUCUUUCAAAAAUAAUAGCAUUUUAAACACUAGUGAUUAAUUAUCUAAUAGCAGCUAAGUUUAGCUUAACAAUUCAUCAUUAAAUCUAAAUAAAACUGCCUCUUUAGCAUAAAAAAUAAAAACUCAAACUAUUAAGAACAGCUAAGUAUAAAAUCCCUAAAAGAAAAAAACUAACUCUGUAUACACAAAUGUACUUAAAAAUAUGUCAAAAAAUUUUAAGGGAUUAUAAUUAGAUACAAGUAAAUCAGUAAAUAGUUAAAAUAAAAUUAUGUUUACAACAACAAAUGCUACUAAAAAGUUUAUAGACCUUGAGAGAAAUAAUAUAGAAAAUAUAAACACUAUAAACUUUAAUUUUAAAUGA